AUGAACAUGGCUUCUGUUCCAGAUGGGUGUUUCUCUGCACAAGACCUUGCUGAUAUGUUACCGACCGGCGUGGCGAUUCUCAAUCAGAAUGAUGAGUCAAUCAUGGUGAACCGGCGUUUCCGGGAGCUUAUGACCUGCUGCAGCGCUAAAUCAUUCGAAUGCUGGUCACAAUCCAUCCACCCAGAAGAUUUUGACCGGGUAGUCACUGCCUAUCUGGAAACUUUACAUUCUAAGCAUGCUCUGCGUAUCGAGUUCCGCACGCGCAGCCAAAUUCCUCUGUGGCGUGUUCUGAUGCUGGCUCCAUUAGAUGACGCUGAUACACACCGGCUCAAUCUAAGCGACGGCGGCUUUAUCUGCACUAUCGCAGACAUUACUCAAGAAAAGAUGGCCGAGCUGCUGCAAAUGGACAUUGCACGAGAAGCACAAGAGCGUAAGCAACAGCAGGAACGUUUCAUUGAUAUGAUCAGCCACGAAGUCCGAAAUCCUCUUUCUGCUAUUCUUCAUUGCACGGAGGAUAUUCUCGAAGCAGUGAAGGAUAAGGAAAUCGAAGGCCUACCCGUGGCAAAUAUUGCACAAGCAGCAGAAACAAUAAGCCUCUGCAUUGCACAUCAAAAGAAAAUUGUCGACGAUGUCCUUACGUUCUCAAAGCUAGACGCAUCAAUGUUGACCUUGUCACCGCGAAAAGAUCAACCAAAACGACACUUCGCGCAGACACUGUCUAUAUUUCGGCCAGAGCUUCGGAAGCAAGACAUACAGUUUGAAUACAAGCUUGACAAUUCUUACGCAGACUGCGGGAUUGAUUGGGUGUUAGCCGAUUUAAGUCGAAUGGGCCAGGUUCUCAUCAACCUGGUUUCCAAUGCUAUCAAGUUCACUGCAAAAGCGCACAGUAAGAGAGAGAUCAGAGUCUCCAUGGGCGCUUCCACGAAGCGGCCACCCUCUUACCCUCCUAAUGUCGUCUUUUUUGAAUCCGGCGAACAUGUGCGUCGCUUAGAUGCCACCACCACACCCGAGUGGGGAGAGGGCCAAGUCGCGUAUGUGAUGGUUGCUGUGAAGGAUACUGGAAUUGGCAUUAGUGACCACGCUCAAAAACGGCUCUUUGAGCGCUUCAAUCAAGCAACUCCUAGGACUGAGAGCGUGUACGGUGGCUCUGGUCUUGGCCUCAAUGUGAGCAGAAAGCUCUGUCACCUUCACGGCGGAGAAAUCGGCGUCGGCUCAAAAGAAGGGAAUGGAAGCACAUUUGGAUUCUUCUUCCGGGUCCGGCGGGACGUUGAGCCAUCUAGUCUUGAUCUGCCUAAUCAUGAGCAGUCCGAAAUUGACCACUUAUGUGGCGGGAUUCAAGCGCUGAGCAACGAUGUGACUGGUGUAAAUAACCGGACGAAGUCACCCAAAAUCCCAGAAGAUCCCAUUGUCACUCACAUUGCGGAAAUCUCACCUGAAGCUGCCAGUGAUGAAAAAUACCUGCAUACCUUGGAAAUAACCAACCAGGCUGAGCCUGGUGAGCCCUCUGCGAGUCGAUGCCAAAAUGUUCGCCCCAAUUUCAAAGUGGACGAGUCUUCAAGGAGCCUCGGGGCCUCCAAAGCGAUUGGCGGGAAAUCCGAUACGAGAGAAGCUCGACAUGUUCUCGUUGUAGAGGAUAAUAUAAUCAAUCGGCAAAUUGUUUCUCGGAAGCUGCGAUCGUUGGGAUUCCAUGUUACGGAAGCGACGAAUGGUCAAGAAGCAUUAGAGAGUGUUCAGAGUGAUGAUUUUGACUGCAUUCUCAUGGAUCAAGAAAUGCCCGUUAUGGAUGGGAAGUCCGCGACUAUCGCAAUACGCAAUCUUGGUCGAGAGAGCACAGCAAGUAUCCCGAUCCUCGGUGUCACUGCAAACGUGAGAGCGACUCAACAAAUAGAGAUGUUGGACGCCGGUAUGGAUGAUAUCAUCCACAAGCCAUAUCGGACAAAUGACUUGUUUGAGAAGAUAAAUCAAGUGGUGAUACUCAGAUCGAAUAAAUGA